AGUUUCCUUUCCCUCGCUGAGCGCCUGAAACAGGAAGUCAGUCAGUUAAGGUGGUAGCAGCAGUAGAGACAGCCUCAGAGAGGCAAGAGGAGGCAGGGUUCAGUCUCGGGCCCUCGGCUACUCUGCUGGUGUGUCCCUCUUGUGGGUGGCUGCUGAGCCAGUCCAGGAGGCCCAUGCCUGCCAUGGUCCCCGGCUGGAACCAUGGCAACAUCACCCGCUCCAAGGCAGAGGAGCUGCUCUCUAGGGCGGGCAAGGACGGGAGCUUCCUUGUGCGUGCCAGCGAGUCCAUUCCCCGGGCCUAUGCGCUCUGCGUGCUGUUCCGGAAUUGCGUUUAUACGUACAGAAUCCUGCCCAAUGAAGAUGAUAAAUUUACUGUUCAGGCAUCUGAAGGUGUCCCCAUGAGAUUCUUCACCAAGCUGGACCAGCUCAUCGAGUUUUACAGGAAGGAAAACAUGGGGUUGGUAACCCACCUGCAGUACCCGGUGCCGCUGGAGGAGGAGGACACGGUUGACGAGGCGGAGGAGGACACUGAGAAUGUCAUGUCUCCACCAGAGCUGCCACCCAGAAACAUCCCUGUGUCUGCAGGGCCCUGUGAGGCCAAGGACCUUCUCCUUCAAACAGAGAACCUCAGAGCCCCUGAGGUCAGCCGGCCAAGCCUCUCAGAAACACUGUUUCAGCGACUACAGAGUAUGGACACCAGCGGGCUUCCAGAAGAGCAUCUGAAAGCCAUCCAGGAUUAUUUGAGCACUCAGCUUGUCCUAGACGCUGACUUUGUGAAGACAGGCUCCAGCAACCUUCCUCACCUGAAGAAGCUGACCUCACUGCUCUGCAGGGAGCUCCAUGGUGAAGUAGUCCGGACCCUCCUGUCCCUGGAGUCUCUGCAGAGGUUGUUUGACCAGCAGCUCUCUCCUGGCCUUCGUCCACGCCCUCAGGUGCCCGGUGAGCCCAAUCCCAUCAACAUGGUAGCCAAGCUCAGCCAACUGACAAGUCUACUGUCUUCCAUUGAAGAUAAGGUCAAAGCCUUGCUGCAUGAAGGCUCCGAGUCUCCCCACCGGCGUUCCCUCAUCCCCCCUGUCACCUUUGAGGUGAAGUCAGAAUCCCUCGGGAUUCCUCAGAAAAUGCAGCUCAAAGUGGAUGUUGAAUCUGGGAAACUGAUCAUUAAGAAGUCCAAGGAUGGUUCUGAGGACAAGUUCUACAGCCACAAGAAAAUCCUGCAGCUCAUCAAGUCACAGAAGUUUCUGAACAAGUUGGUGAUUUUGGUGGAGACAGAGAAGGAGAAGAUCCUGAGGAAGGAGUAUGUGUUUGCUGACUCCAAAAAGAGAGAAGGCUUCUGCCAGCUCCUGCAGCAGAUGAAGAACAAGCACUCAGAGCAGCCGGAGCCAGACAUGAUCACCAUCUUCAUUGGCACCUGGAACAUGGGUAACGCCCCCCCUCCCAAGAAGAUCACGUCCUGGUUUCUCUCCAAGGGGCAGGGAAAGACGCGGGAUGACUCUGCUGACUACAUCCCUCAUGACAUCUAUGUGAUUGGCACCCAGGAGGACCCCCUGGGAGAGAAGGAGUGGUUGGAGAUGCUCAGGCACUCUCUACAAGAAGUCACCAGGAUGACCUUUAAAACAGUUGCCAUCCACACUCUCUGGAAUAUCCGCAUCGUUGUAUUGGCCAAGCCAGAGCAUGAGAACCGGAUCAGCCACAUCUGUACCGACAAUGUGAAGACAGGCAUCGCCAACACCCUGGGGAACAAGGGAGCCGUGGGGGUGUCAUUCAUGUUCAACGGAACUUCCUUGGGGUUUGUUAACAGCCACUUAACUUCUGGAAGUGAAAAAAAGCUCAGGCGAAACCAAAACUACAUGAACAUCCUGAGGUUCCUGGCCCUGGGAGACAAGAAGCUGAGCCCCUUUAACAUUACUCACCGCUUUACCCACCUCUUCUGGCUUGGAGAUCUCAACUACCGUGUGGAGCUGCCCGCCUGGGAGGCAGAGGCCAUCAUCCAGAAGAUCAAGCAGCAGCAGUACGUGGAUCUGCUGGCCCACGACCAGCUGCUCAUGGAGAGGAAGGAGCAGAAGGUCUUCCUGCACUUUGAGGAGGAGGAGAUCACCUUCGCACCCACCUACCGAUUCGAAAGACUGACUAGGGACAAGUAUGCCUACACAAAGCAGAAAGCGACAGGGAUGAAGUACAAUCUGCCGUCCUGGUGCGACCGUGUCCUCUGGAAGUCUUACCCCCUGGUGCACGUGGUGUGUCAGUCCUAUGGCAGUACCAGUGACAUCAUGACAAGUGACCACAGCCCUGUCUUUGCCACAUUUGAAGCAGGAGUCACGUCACAGUUUGUCUCCAAGAACGGCCCCGGCACUGUGGACAGCCAAGGGCAGAUCGAGUUCCUUGCAUGCUACGCCACACUCAAGACCAAGUCUCAAACCAAGUUCUACCUGGAGUUCCACUCAAGCUGCUUAGAGAGUUUUGUCAAGAGUCAAGAAGGAGAAAAUGAAGAAGGACGGGAAGGAGAGCUGGUGGUGAGGUUUGGCGAGACUCUUCCCAAGCUGAAGCCCAUUAUCUCUGACCCUGAGUACCUCCUGGACCAGCACAUCUUGAUCAGCAUUAAGUCCUCGGACAGUGAUGAAUCAUAUGGUGAAGGGUGCAUUGCCCUUCGGCUGGAGGCCACAGAGACUCAGCUGCCCAUCUACACACCUCUCACUCACCACGGGGAGAUGACUGGCCACUUCCAGGGGGAGAUUAAGCUGCAGACUUCCCAGGGCAAGAAGAGGGAAAAACUCUACGACUUUGUGAAGACAGAGCGGGAUGAGUCCAGUGGAAUGAAGUGUAUGAAGACCCUCACCAGCCAUGACCCCAUGAGGCAGUGGGAGCCUGCCGGCAGGGUCCCUGCUGCCUGUGGUGCCCCCAGUCUCACAGAGAUCAUCAACCCCAACUACAUGGGCAUGGGACCCUUCGGACAGCCCCUGCAUGGGAAGCCAUCCCUGUCCCCAGACCAGCAGCUCACAACCUGGAGCUAUGACCAGCUACCCAAGGACUCCUCCCUGGGGCCUGGGAGAGGAGAGGGUCCACUGACCCCUCCCUCCCAGCCACCUCUGUCUCCAAAGAAGUUCUCGUCCUCCACAGCCAACCGAGGUCCCUGCCCCAGGGCCCAGGAGGCAAGACCUGGUGACCUGGGGAAGAACCCAGCAGAAGCUUUGCUUCAGGAGGACCUCCAGCUGACGAAGCCAGAGAUGUUUGAGAACCCACUGUAUGGGUCUGUGAGUUCCUUCCCUAAGCUGGUUCCUAGGAAAGAGCAGGAGUCCCCCAAGAUGCUGCGGAAGGAGCCCCCACCCUGCCCAGACCUAGGAAUCUCAUCACCCAGUGUCCUGCUCCCCAAAGCCCCGGAAGCCGAAAGCAGCAAGGGGACGGGCAAGCAGGCCCCCAUGCCUGUAAUUGGCCCCACACCCCGGGUCCGCUCCUUCACCUGCUCCUCCCCUGCUGAGGGCAGGACGACCAGUGGGGACAAGAGUCAAGGGAAGCCCAAGACCUCGGCCAGUGCCCAAGCCCCAGUGCCAGCCAAGAGGCCCAUCAAGCCUUCCAGGUCAGAAAUGAGCCAGCAGACGACACCCACACCAGCACCACGACCACCCCUGCCAGUCAAGAGCCCAGCGGUCCUACAGCUGCAGCACUCCAAAGGCCGAGACUACCGGGAUAACACAGAGCUCCCCCACCACAGCAAGCACCGUCCGGAGGAAAGCCUGCUCAGCAGGACAGCCAUGCAGUGAAUCCCUUGCGAGCGGCCCAUGGUGGGCUCCCAGAGGAACAUCAUGAAGCCGAUCUAAGCCUCCCAGGACCUCCUGCUGGCUCCUCUUACCUAGCUUCAGCACAAGGCUGUGUCUUUUUUUAGGAAAGGGCCUCACUUUUGUGUGGCCCAAGAAGUGUGCUGGGUGUAACACUGGGCAGCAGAUGCCGAGGCUGGAUGGAGAACACGCACCAGAUGGACAACAGACAGCCGGGCCUCUCGGAACUUCGACCUCAGGGUCUUGUUCCAGUUCACCAUUGUGAAGAAAGGAACUGAGGUGCCUGUCUGAGGGUGAAGAUAUAAAUAAUAAUAAUAAUAAUAUAAUAAUAAUAAUAAUAGCCGUGUGCCACGUGCUGUGCUAAGUGCUUUAUGAACAUUUGUCAGGAUGACCUCCAGACCUAAGGUUCCAGCCAUCCCGAACCAUGUGCCCAGACCCACCAGUCCCAAAUCGUAUGCCCUGAGAAGUUUAAAACAAAGCAUUAAGAAGGCCAGGAACCCCUCCUGAGCAAGACAGGCUUAGCUGCAGAACUUGAAGAGUCUGCAUGGCUUAUUUAGGGUACAUGGAGCCUGGUGCUGUCCAGCAAGCUGCUUUAGCUAAGGCUAGGUUUCUGGUAAGCUCUUAUGGAGAGCUAGAUCUGCCUGGUCUCUCUCUCUCUCUCUCUCUCUCUCUCUCUCUCU